AACACUUGGCGCAAUAAUUCAUAAUUUUGCUGAUCUUUCUCGAUAUUUAAAAAUAAGUUGACAAACUCAUAUCGGACAUAACCUCAAAGAAUGUCGACACAAAAUUGUUUAUUUGAGUUUAUUUUGCUCGUUUUUUUCGCAUUUUGCAACUGCAGCCAGGAUUAUUGUCACAUUGACUCAGACUGUGGCCCAAAUUAUGGCUCAAAAGACAGGUAUUUACUGUAUGACGUGAACCCGCCUGAAGGCUUCAAUUUGCGUCGAGACGUCUACAUGCGCUUUGCCAUUCUGGCAUACAAAUUAAAACAAUCAAAAAAGGACGAAUUGAACAAUUUUAAGUUGGUUUUGCCCCCAUGGUCACGUUUGUUCCAUUGGAAGUACAAUGCGGAACCGGAACACAUACCGUGGGGGCGAUUUUUUGAUUUAGAGAGUUUGAAACGAUUUGCGCCGGUUAUCGAAAUGUACGAAUUUUUUGAUGCCAUAAAUCAGACGUAUGGCGUUAAAAUAGACGAGGUUUACGUUUUGCAGCACUUUAAAGACAUGUUUGAGACUGGCAAUUUCAAAGACAGGAUGCAAAUUGAACAGUGCGCCCAAAAAUACCAAAUAAAUUAUUUCUUCUAUAAAAAUGUUACUUCAAACAAUGUUAAGUGUUUGUCGUAUCAUGGACCUGCGACUAAAUUGUCGCAACUAUUGCUCAAAUCGUCCGCCAAAACAAUUUUGUUGGAUCAUGCAGAAGUUGCGUUACAUGACAUGUUCGGAGACCGAACUUACUGGCAGUGUAGGCGUAGUAUGAGAUUUAAUAAAGAUUUGCAAAAAAUUGCGCUCGAUUUUCGCCAAAAAUAUUUAAAUUCGAGCGAUGAGUUUUUACCUGAAAACUGGGAGGAUGAGAAACCCAAACGGAGCACAAAAGGGGGGCCCUAUUUAGGGGUGCAUUUAAGACGUAGGGAUUUUUUGCGAGGGCGGGCUCAUCAAGUCCCUUCAAUCAAUAGUAUAACGCAACAAAUCACCAAUUUACUUGAGAAAUUGAACUUAUCGCAGGUUUUUAUCGCCACGGAUGCAGACGAGGACGAGUACAGAGAUAUUAUAAAAAACAUACCUUUUAAAACACAAAGAUAUACACCAGACAGUGAAACUAGGGAAAAAAUCAAAGACGGAGGAGUGGCAAUAAUUGAUCAAAUUAUUUGUUCACACGCUAGAUAUUUUAUAGGGACGUAUGAAAGCACGUUUUCGUUUCGCAUUCAAGAGGAGAGAGAAAUUCUGGGGUUCCCCCCAGACACAACUUUUAAUUGUUUCUGUAAGGAAAAUACAGAGUGUCCGCAACCGACACGUUGGAAAAUUGUGUAUUAACAAAUUUUGUAGUCUAAUGUUUUUAAUAAAGUGCCAUAAAACCGAUUAAA